AUGGGAAAUAAACCAUCAGUAAAUUAAAGUAAAUUUCAGAAACAAUUGACAAUUAAUGAUAAGCAAUUUAAAAAAGACUAAAGCUAAUCGAAUGUUAUUGCUCCUUACAGAGAGGGAACAACUUUAGCUGUGGAAAGUAAAUUGAAGGUAUAUUUAAGAAAUGCUAAUGAUGGUGAAGACCUUGAUGAUGACAAUCAAGGAGGAAGGAAUAAAUUAUAAUAAUUUAAAGAAGACUAACAUAAUGUUGAAAAUAUUUAAAAGGAAAUUAUCCAUUUAGAAGAAACAGUGUUUUCAAAAGAAAAAUUAUAAAGAGUUCGAGAAGACUUUGAAUCCUAUUCUAAAGAGAAUAAAAUGAGCAGAAAGAAGUUACUUGAAUAUUUUGGGAUGGCAGAACUCGACAAUAAAAGGUUAGGAAACAGGAUUUUCUAAUGUGUUAAAUCAACUUUCUCCUAGAAAAAAACAGGACCUUUUCUAGAUUAUGCUAAGUUUUUAAAGGCCAUAUCCAUGCUAUCUUAAUAAAAUGACGAAGGAAGAUUGAGGUUUUUAUACUCCAUGUUUGAUAUGAAUUUAGAAGGUAGUAUAGAGAAAGAUGAGAUGUAUAAUUUAAUGAUGAUGUUUCUAGAAGGCAUGAUGUCGAUUAAUUAUGAAAAUUAAGAUUUGAACGAUUUAAAGUAAAGAAUAAGUGAAUCACAUGACAGGCAGAUUGAACUUGCUCUAGAGGAAAUUGUAAAUGAAAUUUACUAAAAUCAUGCAUCCAAACAAAAUGUAUUAAGCUAUGAUGAUUGGAGAAAUUGGCUGAUGGAAUAGGAAGGAAUUUAAGAAAUUUUACAAUUUAAUCCUCAUACUGAUUUUUAGGAUUGA